AUGAGUCCACUCCUGAUCCUCGCCUUUGUGGGAGCUGCUGUUGCUUUGCCCUUGGAUGAAGAUGACAAGAUCGUCGGGGGCUACACCUGUGAGGCGAAUUCCGUCCCCUACCAGGUGUCCCUGUACUCUAGCUACCACUUCUGUGGAGGUUCCCUCAUCGAUGCCCAGUGGGUGGUGUCUGCAGCUCACUGCUAUCAGUCCCGCAUCCAAGUGAGACUGGGAGAGCACAACAUCGAAGUCCUCGAAGGGACUGAGCAGUUCAUCAGCUCGGCCAAGGUCAUCCGCCACCCCAAAUACAACAGCUGGACUCUGGACAAUGACAUCUUGUUGAUCAAGCUCUCCUCGCCUGCGACCCUCAAUGACCAGGUGGCCACCAUUGCUCUGCCAUCUGCCUGUGCAUCUGCAGGCACCCAGUGCCUCAUCUCUGGUUGGGGAAACACCCUGAGCUCCGGUGAAAACUACCCAGACCUGCUGCAGUGCCUCAAUGCUCCCCUGCUGAGUCAGGCAGAUUGUGAAGCCUCCUACCCCGGGGAGAUCACUUCGAACAUGAUCUGCGCUGGCUUCCUUGAGGGAGGCAAGGAUUCCUGCCAGGGUGACUCUGGUGGCCCCGUGGUCUGCGAUGGAGCACUCCAGGGAAUCGUCUCCUGGGGCUAUGGCUGUGCCCAGAAGAACUAUCCUGGAGUCUAUACCAAGGUCUGCAACUAUGUGAGCUGGAUUAAGGAGACCAUCGCUGCCAAUAGCUAA